AUGCAAGGCUUUUGGAUUUAUGCUCAUGAGAGGGUAACUCGGUCUGAAAAGCAAUUCCAAUCUCUCCCAGCAGCUCAUCGAAAGCUGCUUCCGAAUUUCCUUCCUCAUGUGAAAAAAUUAAGAGAGUGUAUUGAACAUAACUAUGAGAUCCUGAAAGCAAUUAUCAACAACUGCAAUCAUAUGUUUGAAAAUAAGGAAUAUGGAGUCAUUGAUAUGGAGGCUGACCUGGGACAAUUAAAACCAGCAUCUACCUUUGACAUGGACAAAUUGAAGUCCACCAUUAAGCAGUUUGUGAGAGAUUGGAGUGAUGAUGGCAAGGCUGAACGGGAUGCCUGUUAUCGGCCAAUCAUUGAAGAAAUUGUAAAACAUUUCCCUCCAGAUGAAUGCAAUCCUUCUGACAUGAACAUUCUUGUACCAGGAGCAGGACUUGGAAGACUAGCCUGGGAAAUUGCUAGAUUGGGUUAUAGCUGCCAGGGUAAUGAGUGGAGUCUAUACAUGCUCUUCUGUUCACAUUUUGUACUCAACAGAUGUACUGGAGUGAACACAAUGACACUGUACCCCUGGAUACAUCAAUUUAGUAACAACAAGCGAUCAGCUGAUCAGAUUCGACCAGUUCAUUUUCCAGAUGUUAACUCUCAUAGUCUUCCAUCUUAUGCUAACUUUUCUAUGACAGCUGGAGAUUUCCAGGAGAUCUAUACAGAGCCAAACACGUGGGAUUGUGUAGCAACAUGUUUCUUCAUUGACACAGCACAUAAUGUUGUUGAUUAUAUUGAAACGAUAUGGAAGAUUCUGAAACAUGGAGGCAUAUGGAUAAAUCUUGGUCCUUUGCUGUAUCAUUUUGAGAAUAUGGCAAAUGAAAAAUCAAUAGAACUGAGCUACGAAGACAUCAGGCAUUGCAUACUUCAGUUUGGAUUCAAAAUUGAGGUGGAAAAGAACUCUGUUCCAUCAACAUACACAGAAAAUGAUCAAUCCAUGUUAAAGUAUCUUUAUGAUUGUGUCUUCUUUGUAGCCAGAAAACCUUUACAUUCACCAUCUCUUAAUGGUUUUCCACCAAUGAACAGUUGAGAAAGGGAAUGUUGACAUUUCCUGUAAUAACAAGACUGCAGAAUAUAAAACUGGGAAAGAAGAGGAGUUACUUAGAGGUCUGGACAAUCUGAAUGAUUCCGGAGACCGGCGUACUCUAAUAGUGCCUUUUUCUUUUUAAAUCGACUUCAGGAAUUCCAAACUAUCUAAGCAGUUUCCUUUUGGACAUCUAGAAAAGUGCAAUGAAGUAAUGAAUUAUUCAUAUAAUCGGCAAAAGGAGCAAAGUUAGAGAAGAGCAAAAGAAAAAAUCCGAUGUCUAACAUUAAUUUGCUAACUGUUGCAGUUAUCAAGAUGCCCUUUGUAUGCAAAGUAUUCCUGACUGUUUUAUUCAGAUAUGAAUGAACAUGCAGUAACUAACUUCCCAGUGGCUAUUAAGCCAAUUUCUUUCCUCCAUUCCAUAAUCUUCAAUUAUUUAAUAAAGUGUCCUCCUCCCCAUUACCCACAUGCUAACACAGGCACACUUACUCCAUCUUGGCAAAUUGGAUAAUUUUGUUGAACCAUCUCUGCAUUUUGAUAUCUUUGAUGUUGGGAUAUUAAUGAACAGUUCUCAGUGGGCUUUGAGCUUGUUGAAUGUGUGAAACUAUUUUAGCUAGAUACCUUUGCAGUUAUAGCAGAUGAUGUUUUUCCACUUUAAAUACAAAUGGUGAAAAGGGGGAAAUCACUGCAUUUUGAAUUAGAUAGUAGGAAUUCAUUCUUUGCUGUGAUUUAUCUAAAAACAACUUUGUCAUGCUGUCGUCGUACAAUGUUGACAAUGUGGCGUUUGAAUUGAUGACUGACUCAAUGCUGCUUGACUUCAUGGUUACUGUAAUUUAUAACUCGCUAGCUGCCAUUAUUCUAAUGGAAACAACUUGUCAGUAUGCCUAUAAUUAAUUUACAUGUUCAAUUUUGUUUCUUGUAUAGAAUCAUUUUUAAAAAUCUGUUGAUAAUGAAAUGAAUGAUGUAUGUAUCCAGUUUGUCUUUGUUUGAAAAAGACUUGGUCUCUUUAACAUCUGGCUUUGCAUCAUGCCAAAACAAACACCAAACUAGCUAAACUACUAGUACAUACAUUCUUCGUUCAUUGAUUCAAUGACACGUAUGUUCAUUAAUUGUUCCUGGCAGCAUAUGAUAGAAAAGGCUUUGUAUGAGGCCAUGCCAAACAUGCAGUUUGAUUGCAAGCACCUGACCAUGAUGCUCUGUACUAGCUUAAAAAUGGCAAACAGAAUAAACCCAUCCUCACCACCAUCAUAUUGAUUGAAACACCCAGGCUGGAGGGUAUUUCAAAACCAUAAAAGUAUUUUAGGAUUAUGUUAAUAGCUCAAGCUUUUCACUCUUGUGCUCUCAUGAAACCCAUUGCAGUCUACGUAUUAUCCAAUUUCUAAGUAUCAAGUCUCAACUUGACAUUACAGAUAGUAUUUCACAUACAUGUAACAGUAAACAUUGCCAUUUGUAAACUACUUUGUUCAUACGUUGCUGGACAGUGUUAAAAGUCCCACAUUAUGACAGGAUAUUCUUCUUGAGACUGCGUUGUGAAUAAGAGUAGAUAUCAGUCACUACUGUGUAUGUUCUGAUUUCUCACAAAUUCUGAGUUGAGUACAGUUUAAUAUCAAUUGUCGGUGAUUGGGCAUUUUGUGUAUAGUAUGCAGGAAUUUUCCCAAAACUUUUUAAAAAAAAUCAGCCUUGCACCCAUAACUUUCAUGCCUGUAAUACCAGGCUUUUUAUAUUGUUAGAUGCAUUUUAAAUGGCAUUGAUUUACUAUAUUUGGCCCUUAAAAAUAUUGACUGUAAUAAAACAAAACUGAACUUUUAAGAAAAUGUCAAUUUAAAGACUUCCACAAGACUAUUUAGAUUUUCUAUUACUUCACCAGAAACUUAACUGGAGCUAUUAACAGAAUUUAUUAUAAAUUCAACCAUAUACCCGAAAACACGCUGAAAGCAAAAGUCUUGAGAUUAAAGAGAAAAGAAGCACAUAUGUAAUGUAUUGAUGUGGAAUAUUUGCAGUCUCGAUACCAUCAAAAUAUAAUUUAGCAAUAGUUAUAACUACUUUUUUAUUGAUAGGUACAAGUCUUUGAAGUUUGCUGUUUUAACCAAGGAUCCUGAAGAUUAAAACUUCUGAGGUGUAACAGCAUUAUUAGUUAUUUUUAUCUUGUUCAAAUAAAUCAUCAUACCAUCUGUUUUGCCAAAGGUUUUCUAAACAUCCUGGGAGUUUUUUUUUCCCCUCAUUUAAAUGUGGGAAGCAAUGCUAAAUUUGGAUUUAAAACUGUUGAUCAUUACCUCUUGUUUUACUGCACUAGAAAAAUGUAUAAACCUUAUUGGAGAUGUAUUUUAUACUCGGAUUGCUUUGUGCUUGGUGAAAAGUGAUUAAUGUUAACACUAGGUUGGAUAUUAAAACAAUGUGAUAAAAGAAAAAUACUGCAGAUCCUGGAAAUCUGAAAUACUGUAUCUGUGGAGAGAGAAAAGCAGUUAACAUUUCAAGUCAAAUAUAACUUCUUCAGAAUGAAGAAUGAUACUGGAUUCGAAACAAUUUUUUUUCUCUCUUGCUGCCAGAUCUGCUGAGUUUCUCCAGCAUUCUCUGUUCUAAUAUCAGAACAAUAGUGUGGACCCAUACAUCAGUGACUGAUUAUAAAAAGUAUUUAUUCAGAUUUACGUUGUCUCCCCUCCUGUACUUCUUGCAUCAUGCUGUAAACAGGGAUUUAUUCCUGCUGUGGUGGGUCUGAGCUUAUGCGUUAAGUUUUUUGCUGCAGUCUAAAUAGCUGAACUCUAGUCCAGUUGCACAUUGAAGUUACCUCCUCCUAUCAGCUUUUCCCCUUUAUUUUCCUCUCUAGAGUCUCCCACAUUCUUGCUCUGGGAAUUAUUCUUCCUAGCCUUUAGAAAAGCUAUUAGCUAGCUGCUAGAAAUGUAUUAAAGUUAUGUAUUUUGAUUGUACUAUAACAUAUCCUCACAGAAUAAUAGUUAACUUAUAGUGUGUGAGGAAUUAUGUACAUAAGUAUGUUUGUCACAUUCAUAUUUGCAAGAGCUUCCCAGACUUUCCAAGCCUUUAGAGAGGUUAUAUUUAAACUUUUUAUACUUUUGUUGUUGGUGUUAUUGAUAGAAAAAUAUUAUUAAUUGUCUCACUAAUUUUCCCAAUUAGCCAUUUCCAUGAUGUUACCAUGUAGAAGUCCCACUAUUAGCAGCCACAUUAAACUGAUGGUAUGCAGCUGAAUACAAUGAUGCACCACAAGUACACAGCAUAAAGCCUAAGGAGCAUAUAAUUGAAGUUUUAGGUGCAAGACUGAAUCUGAAUUUGUCCAUUUAUAUAUUAAUUAAAUUUUGGAAUUAUUUAGUUAAAAAUCUAAUUGAAUUGCAGCCAUUCCUUUCACAAAGAUUGUGAAGUAUUCUUUAAAUAACAAAAAAAUUUGGCAUUAACAUGAUCUCAUAUUGUCUGCAAUGUCUUAUAGUUACAGAAAUAUUUUGCCUUUUUUUAAGGAAUAUACAGAAAUAACAUUACUUUUGUUUAAUGUAAAUAAUGAUAGUUUUGUGGUUUUCUUAGAGGUGCUGUUUAACUAAACUUAAAUAUGGAUUUCUUCCUCUGCCUUCAGAAUUCAGUAUUAGUCUGGAUUACAUUGCUCCAAAUUAAGUUAAUGAAUCUAUUAGCAGUGUUUUUUUUUUCAUUUUAUUUCAAUGUGGAAUAAUGGUUUCAAAAUGUCACAUAGUUUAAUAAUUUAUAAUAAAUCUGGUUACUCUUCUGCCAGUGACAAGACCUGUACUAAAAGAGAGUCUAGAGUACACAAAGAUCUGAAUAUCAAUGCAUACAUAAUAAACAUAAAUGCUGGAAAUACUCAGCAGGUUCAGCAACAUUGUAGAGUGAAUAAAGUUAAUCUUUCAGGACAGACCCAUAUUUAUAUAGUUGUGUACAGGAUUGGGGAACUCAACAUCUAUGUUGGCCAAUUCAAGAACUUGCCGAGUUUCUGUGUUCUUAAUUUGAGUAUAGUCCACACAAAUGCACAGCAUUAAAGAAUGCAUACUAGAGUUAGUUUCAACAGGUAAAAAAAGACGACUCGUCAGUUUAAUUUAUUUGUGAUCUUACAGCCUAUCCCUGCACUUUUAAUGCUCUGUUUUCAACAAGGUUACUUUAAAAGUUGUACAGCCAUCGAAGCAAAUUGCCAGAAACUUAAACAUAACAAAACCAAUUCUAAUAUAUUUAAUGUCAGAAUUGUCCUUUUACUAUUAAAUUUGCUGAAAUUGCUCACCUUUAUGAAUGUAGCAACUGAAGUAUAAAAUAUUGUUUACCAUUUGCCAUCUAUGUUUAUGAUUGUCCCAUCAGUAUAAGUAGUGUUUACUUUGAUUCAAUAUUAGGCUUGCCAGUAUACUAUUAAAUAUUAAACCUAUGAUGAUCACAUGACCUUUUAUCACUACAAUAACCAUAGAACACAAGAACAGAAAAUAGAUAAUGCAGAUUGUAACAUCCUUUUAUUUGAGUAAUGUGUUUCCAGGAAAAAAGGUGAAAAUGAUGUUUGGUAUUAUUGUAACUAUAUUGUUUAAAAUACUGGUACAAUUUUUAAAAAAAAAGUUGUUUUGGCUGUGUUCAGCAAAAUAUACAAACAUUGCACCUGCUUGUUGAUGGCUUCCUUUUUUUGUCCCUAGGUCCCUGUUCUAUUUUCCCACAAUAGACACAGAAAAAAGUAUUUGAUCUGAUAUUUGAAAGGUAUCAGCACAAUACACAUACCCAGUGAAGUAACUCCAUUUCUGUAAAACAGUUUUACAAAAUAAAAUAGUAAUGAAUUACAAUAAAAUAUUUUAUUAA